AUGGCACAUUUAUAUGAAGAGGUUUAUAAAAAGAGAAAAUAUUUUGAUAGAGCUUUAUGUAAUGAUUAUGAAGAAUGGCAAGAUAAAAUAAGAGAAUCGAAAACGGUCUAUAUAGGAAAUUUAUCCAUAUAUACAACACAACAACAAAUAUAUGAGCAUAUGUCUAAGGCUGGGGAUGUAGAAAACAUCAUAAUGGGUUUACAUAGAACCGAGAAAUCUCCUUGUGGAUUUUGUUUUGUAGUUUAUAAAAAGAAAGAAGGAUAUACUCAAGCAGUAAAUUUUUUAAAUAAUUCAAUUUUAGAUGGUAGAAUUAUAAGAGUUGAUGAAGACCUAGGUAUUAUUGGUAAACGAAAAUAUGGAAGAGGGAAAACAGGUGUUCAAAAAAGAGAUGAACGUAAUAAAUUUUAUGAUGAAGAUAGACCAAAAGUUUUAGAUAACUUAGUUGAUCAUACAAUUAACAAAAAAAGGAAACUUAAUAAUAAUCAAUAUUAUGAAAGAAAUAUAAAACAAAAAAUACUCUUACCAUCAAAUUAUACUCUUAACACCACCGAUAUGAAAAAUAGUAGAAUGGUCUAUAUAAAACCACCCGUAACUUUAUAUCCGAACGCUCAACAUAUGAUGCAUAUAAAUAAAAAAAAACAUCAAAAUAGAAAUUUAUAUAAAUUUCACGUAAAAAAAGAUAGACAAAAUAAUACGCCAACAUAA